AACUUGAAAUAAAACAUUCCUACUCGACGCGCUUCGGCAUCUGCGGGCCCUGGUGCAGACAUGGCCAAGUCCAAGAACCACACCACGCACAACCAGUCCCGAAAAUGGCAUAGAAACGGCAUCAAGAAACCCCGAUCACAACGAUAUGAAUCUCUUAAGGGGGUAGACCCCAAGUUCCUGAGGAACAUGCGCUUUGCCAAGAAGCACAACAAGAAGGGCCUGAAGAAGAUGCAGGCCAACAAUGCCAAGGCCAUGAGUGCACGUGCUGAGGCUGUCAAGGCCCUCGUGAAGCCCAAGGAGGUCAAGCCCACGAUGCCAACAGGUGGCAGCCGCAAGCUCAGCCGACUUGCCUACAUUGCUCACCCCAAGCUCGGGAAACGUGCUCGUGCUCACAUCGCCAAGGGUCUCAGGUUCUGCCGGCCAAAGUCCCAGGCCAAGGCUCCAACCAAGGCCAAGCCACCUGCAGCUGCGGCUCCAGCUGCCAAGGGUGCCCAGGCCCCCACCAAAGCUACAGAGUAGAGACCUUCAUCUGCCGGUGUGAGGACAGAAGGACUGGUGUGACCCCCUGGGCUGCUGUCUGCGUGGCGCUGGUGUCCUCCUGUGCUAUUUGUACAAAUAAAUCUGAGACAGGAAAAAAAAAAAAA